GCCCUCUUCUGAUCUCAUUUCAGCCCAUCUGUGAUCAAUCCCCUGGCCAGAGAUUUGGCUGUAUCACAGACCCCAGCACCGAUCCACUGCUUCCCCAUCACCAUGGAGGUUUCUCUUGCCAUCUGCAUCCUCGCUGCUCUCCUGGCUACGGGGACCUGUCUGCAGUGUGAGGUUUGCAAUGGACCAGGAAACAACUGCACGGGCAGCAUGCAGACCUGCGCCGCUGGGGAAGACUCUUGUGGCAUCUUCCUUAUCGAAAUCAUACAGGUGGGAAUGAAGAUCCAGAACAUUCUCCAGGGCUGUGCGGCAUCCACCCAAUGUAAAGCCGGCCCCGUCUCGAUGAAUUUUGGGAACGGAAUGACAACAAGGACGAGCGUCGCCUGCUGCGUGGGAGACACCUGCAGGCCAGCCCCGAUUACAGUGCCCCCGGCUGACACCAAACCCAACGGCCGGCGCUGCCCAGCCUGCUACGCUCUGUCCUCUGAGCAAUGCCGUGAAGAGACCAUAAAUUGUACUGGAUCCGAGACUCACUGUAUUGAUACCGCAGGGUUCAUAACUAUUGGUGCAAUCCCAAUGCAGACCGUCAUAAAGGGCUGUGCUUCUGAGUCCAUCUGCGCUCAGAUAAAAGUGGGUUCGGGAACCUUUGCAGGGAUCAGUGCAGAUCUAACCACGGCCAAAUGCACAGCGGCCUCCGGCGAAAUGGGUGUGCCUCCAGCAACCACAACCUCCCAUGCAACAGGCGCAGCUCCGGCAACCACAACCUCCCGCGCUGCGGGUGUGGCUCCGGGACCAGCCAGGCUCCUCCUCCCAGCCCUCGCUGGGCUCCUCCUGCUGAAGCUUCUCUCCUGA